UAGAUAUGUCCAGUGCCACCACAAGCUGCUAAGUAUGCAUGCACAUGAGUGAUAUACUAACUUCAGCAGCUGGAUGCUGCUGUAGUUUGUGUCAACCAAAAUUUGAAGUAUAUACAUGCCCUAAAUCACUUUAACUGUUCAUAGACCUUUGAUCUGUUAGCACUAGCAAAACAACUGUAACUUUGGGCUGAAGCAUGAAACUAGGCCACUGAACUGUAAUUGCCUUCACAGUUUUUUGGUAGGAGGUUGCUUAUCUAGAUUCAUUGUGUUGCCUUUCUGCUUGUUUUUCCCCAAUAGCCUCAUAUAAGCUAGACCCUUAUACCCAUACAGGGAAGUAUAACAACAGUAUAACCAGACAGUAACUUUACCUCACUGAGUAGCUCCUCCUGGCCCUGGGGCUGUGGGUAAAAGAGCAAGUGCCUGCUGGAACUGGGGACGGAGGGAGGAAGGGAAAAGCGAGUUUGAGCCAGGAUGGGGAGAGGAAGAGCCUGGGGGAGCACAGAACUUAAAUUUCUGUGCCCAUAUACAAUAUCAAUAAAAUUUAGAUCAGUAUUAUUUAAUAAUUACAUAGUAGUUCCAUGUGUACUGCAAAGAUCUUACUAAAAACUACCACUCUGACAGUGAAUAUUUGAAAUAACCUUUUAAAAAGAGGAAGCCAGUCAAAAAGGGGGAAAUUAUUUGGCAUGGAGUUCCCUUACUAAUAUAAUUGCGUCACUGUGUAUUUGUACGUACCCUUAAACAAAAAAGGAGGGCAAGAAAAAAUGAUCACUUGGCAAGGCUCAAGAUUUUUUUGAGCCAAACAGAUUCCUUACUAAAAAAAUAAAAUAAUAAUUUCCAAUCCUUGGGGAGUUUGAGAGGAACCUAAUGUAAUGGGGGGUGGAAGGGGAGAGAUGUAAAAUGGAAAUUAGGAGAUCUAAUAGCUAUUUUGAAGAACUAUUGAAGGUGUAAAAAACAAACUUGGGGUCAUCUUUCUUUUAUUGCAGCAUGUAGUGAAAUUGUAUAGGAAGGCAUUGUAAAUUAGUGAAGAAAGGAUACACUGUUCAGUUCUAUGUCUCCAAGACCUCAUUCCUUUUGAGGGACCCCUCUCACAGGCAACUAAGUACCUAAAAGCCCCAUUCAGCAAAUUGGGGCCCGUUGUGGUAGGCACUGUGCAUGCAAAGAACAAAAAGACAGUCCCCUGCCCCAAAGAGUUUACAGUCCAAGUAAUGGGUGAGACAGUAAGUGGAUACAACAAGCAUGUGUGUUUGUACUUGUUUGCCAUCUUUAGAUGACUGGUUUGUCAAGGUCUAAUCGCCACAAAAUGAUUUUCCUUAGGUGUAAUCUAUUAUCUCUUUAAGAGUUUGGGUCUCUGUAUUAGCCAGGAAAAAUAUACUCUUGCUGUGGCUGAUACUCACUUUAAUCAUACUGGCUCUAUUUGACAGCAGCUACUGCUUUCUUUCCAGCAUGCUUUCCUUCCAGACGUGCAAAAAAUUUCUGUGAACAGACCCAGCUCAUGGGUCAAUUGGAUCCUUUCUGGAGGCUCUAGGUUUUACCAUUGUCUUUAUGUGAUCCUGUGAAUUAAUGUUCCAUCAAAGAUGGCAGAACACCCACCACUACUGGAUACCGCUCAGAUUAUAAGUAGUGAAAUUCCUCUUCUACCUGCCCCUAUUGUUAGUGGGGAUGGCGCACAGCAGGUUAUACUGGUGCAAGUUAAUCCAGGGGAGGCUUUUACAAUAAGAAGAGAAGAUGGGCAGUUUCAGUGCAUUACAGGUCCUGCUCAAGUUCCAAUGAUGUCCCCAAAUGGUUCAGUGCCUCCUAUUUAUGUGCCUCCUGGAUAUGCCCCACAGGUUAUUGAAGACAAUGGUGUUCGAAGGGUUGUGGUGGUUCCCCAGGCUCCAGAAUUUCACCCUGGCAGUCAUGCAGUAAUACAUCGGCCUCCGCAUCAUCCAUUGCCUGGUUUCAUUCCUCUUCAAGCCAUGAUGCCGCCUCCACCACGACAAAUAUAUUCAACAGUGACUGGAGCAGGUGAUAUGGCUUCGCAGUAUAUACCACAGUAUCACACUUCACAGGUAUAUGGAGAUCUGGAUGCGCUCUCUACUCAUGGAAGGUCCAACUUUAGAGACGAAAGAUCUAGUAAAACAUACGAACGUUUACAGAAAAAAUUAAAAGAUCGGCAUGGAACACAGAAAGAUAAAUUGAACAGUCCACCACCAUCACCUCAGAAAUGUCCUUCUCCCACAAAUGAACAUAAUGGACUUGUGAAAGGACAGGACGCAAGUAGUGUCAGGACAGGAUCUACAAAGAGCAAGUUUUUGGGGAAAGGAAAAAGUAAUUCUCAAGUGGAUACAGAAGUAGAAGAAAAGGAUGAAGAAACAAAAGCACUCGAAGCACUUCUUUCGAAUAUUACCAAGCCAGUGAUAUCAGACAUUCAGGCACGGACAGUAGUACUUGCAUGGUCCCCUCCAUCCAGUACCAUCAAUGGGGACACUGACAAGAAUAAUGUGCCGGAGGUGUACAUUUAUGAAGUUCUGAUAUCAAACACUGGAAAAGAUGGAAAAUACAAAACUGUGUAUACUGGAGAAAAAACUAGUGUUACCAUAAAUGAUCUCAGGCCAGCAACUGAUUACCAUGCAAGAGUCCAAGCAGAAUGCAACAGCAUAAAGGGAAGCCCUUCAGAAGCUGAGAGUUUUACAACAAUGAGCUGUGAACCUGAUACUCCAAAUCCUCCAAGGAUAACUAACCGGACCAAAAAUUCUCUCACUCUGCAAUGGAAGACAUCUUGUGACAAUGGUUCUAAAAUACACAAUUAUCUUUUAGAAUGGGAUGAGGGAAAAGGAAAUGGAGAGUUUUGUCAGUGUUACUAUGGCCAACAGAAGCAGAAUAGAAUUACUAAACUAUCACCAGCAAUGGGGUACACCUUUAGACUGGCAGCCAAAAAUGACAUGGGCAUGAGUGGUUUUAGUGAAGAAGUCCUGUAUCAUACCUCAGGCACUGCCCCAUCAAUGCCAGCCAGUCCUAUGCUGAUUAAAGCUGGAGUUACCUGGUUAUCCUUACAAUGGACUAAACCCUCAGGAACACCAACAGAUGAAGGAAUCUCUUAUAUUUUAGAGAUGGAGGAUGAGACCUCAGGAUAUGGUUUCAAACCAAAAUACGAUGGAGAUGAUCUCACCUGCACAGUGAAGAAUCUUAGACGUAGUACAAAGUAUAAAUUUAGGGUCAUUGCCUAUAACUUGGAAGGCAAAAGCAGUCCAAGUGAGGUAGUUGACUUUACUACUUGCCCAGACAAGCCUGGAGUACCUUCAAAACCAUCAGUUAAAGGAAAAAUUCGUGCACAGAGUUUUAAAAUAAUUUGGGAUCCACCAAAAGACAACGGAGGGGCAGCAAUAACUAAAUAUGUCGUGGAGAUUUCUGAAGGCUCAAAUGGAAACAACUGGAACGUAAUAUACAGUGGAGCUGCUAGGGAACAUUUGUGUGAUCGACUACAUCCAGGCUGCUGUUAUCGCUUACGUGUAUACUGUACUGGGGAAGGAGGGCAGAGUGCGGCAUCUGAUUCUUUACUGGUGCAGACACCAGCAGUGCUUCCUGGUGCAGGCCAACCUCCCAGACUACAGGGUAGACCAAGAGCAAAAGAAAUUCAGCUGAGAUGGGGACCACCUCAAGCAGAUGGUGGAUCACCUAUUACCUGUUAUGGUCUGGAAAUGUCUUCUGUGGAAACAGAUGAACACAGAGAGGUUUAUCAAGGCUCUGAUGUUGAAUGCACCGUAAGCAACCUUCUUCCUGGAAAGACGUACAGCUUUAGGCUGCGAGCAGCUAACAAAGCUGGGUUUGGACCCUAUUCAGAAAAAUGUGAAAUUACUACAGCCCCUGGACCACCGGAUCAGUGCAAAUCCCCUCAAGUGACCUGUAGAUCAGCAACAUGUGCACAGGUGUAUUGGGAGGUCCCAGUAAAUAAUGGAGCCGACAUCACAGAAUACCGUUUGGAGUGGGGCAGUGUGGAAGGAUGCAUGCAGAUCUGUUACUGUGGGACUGGACUCAAUUAUGAAAUGAAAGGACUUUUGCCUGCAACUAUAUAUUACUGCAGGGUUCAGGCCGUGAAUGUUGCAGGUGCAGGACCUUUCAGUGAAGUAGUUGUAUGCAUGACGCCAGCCUCUGUGCCUGCAGUUGUGACCUGUCUUCAGGGAAGAAGUGAAGAUGAAGUAGAGAGUCCACACUAUUCACCUUCCACAUGCCUUGCCAUAAGCUGGGAAAAGCCCUGUGACCAUGGUUCUGAAAUCCUUGGCUACAGCAUAGACUAUGGAGAAAAGCAGCCUGUAACUGUUGGGAAGGUUUCAAGCUAUUUCAUAGACAAUUUGCAGCCAGACACAACAUACAGAAUACGAAUUCAAGCCCUAAAUAGUCUUGGAGCAGGUCCUUUCAGCCACACAAUAAAACUGAAAACAAAGCCACUGCCUCCUGAUCCGCCUCGCCUGGAAUGUGCUGUAUACAGUUCUCAGACUCUCAGGCUAAAAUGGGGAGAGGGAACUUCAAAAGCAGUAACUGACUCCAUUCAUUAUCACCUUCAAAUGGAAGAUAAGUAUGGAAGGUUUAUAUCCUUAUACAGAGGACCAUGUCAUACAUACAAAGUACAAAGACUCAUUGAGUCAACAUCCUACAAAUUUUGUAUUCAGGCUUGUAAUGAAGCUGGCGAAGGUCCACUUUCUCAGGAGUACAUUUUCACGACUCCCAAAUCUGUUCCAGCUGUCUUGAAAGCGCCAAGAAUAGAGAGAGUAAAUGACCACACUUGUGAAAUCACAUGGGAGGUUUUGCAACCAAUGAAAGGUGACCCAGUUAUUUAUAGUCUUCAAGUCAUGACGGGAAAAGACUCAGAAUUCAAACAGAUUUAUAAAGGGCCUGACUGGUCAUUCCGGUAUUCAGGCCUCCAGCUGAACUGUGAAUAUCGUUUUCGUGUGUGUGCCAUUCGACAGUGCCAAGAAACAGUAGGUCAUCAGGACCUGAUAGGCCCCUACAGUACCACAGUACUAUUCAUCUCUCAGAGAACUGAACCACCAACCAGCACCAACAAAGACACUGUGGAAAUCUCAAGGACACAACAGACACUAAGUGAUGAACAGUGUGCUGCUGUCAUCCUUCUGCUCUUUGCUACCUUUUCCAUUCUGAUUGCCUUUAUCAUUCAGUACUUUGUAAUAAAGUGAGAAAAACCAUUUUCUUUUAGAAUGCUGCCCAUUACAUUUUACAUUCUCAUAUUCUAAAAAUAUUUCUGUUCUCUUGCUUUUACAAAAACAGGCAUUUAGCAUCAGCAUUGGGACUGUAGCACAUCUUUUCAGCCACUUAAAAUGCUUAUUAAGUAGAUGCUGGCACAGAUUAUAGAAUGCAAGCCACAGAAAUAUUUCCUUUAACAUGCCUUCUUGCAGUACAAACUUUAUGCAAGGCAGGCAAUGUAUCAUUAUAAGAUUAUGACCAAUAAGCAGGAGUGUAAUAAUGGUAACCUGGUCCACAUUUUUAAGGAUUAGUACCAUAAGGGGGGAGGGAGAAAUAAGUAAAAUGCAUUUAAGUUACACUAACAAAUUUGUGCUGUAUAAAAUGUUAGUCUGAUGCUGUGAAAGCAAUCUAGCGCUGUAUUUCUACCUCCUCAUUUCUCUUAAUUAUUUGGGAAGCAGGAUUAUGAUGAAAAUAGAAGGGGCAUUUUGCAGGCAGUAAACUGGAUGGAAGUGAAUGCAUGAAGGAAGAUUCUUAUCGAAAUGUAGAGUUUUCCACUGCAAGUAUACAUUUUGUAAAACUAAAAAGAUAUGGCACAAGUGGUUUAUCUUGGCCCCGAUAUGUUUACUCAAAAAAAGGCCUCUUUACCUUCCUACAAACAUGGAAGAGAGAGAGCUUUUUUGAUCUAACACUAUAAAGAACUAAGUUAAAAAUCAUUUUUGAAAUAAGACCUUUAUUUGAUUGGGUGCUGUUUAUAUAGAUAUAUGUGCCCUCUAUUGAUAAUGUGUAUAAAUUUUCUUGGAUAACCAUAAUUUUUGCUGUUACCCCUACAUUGACUUGCCGUGGCCACUGGAAUGAAGCACUGCCUUUGUUUUUUGGGGCACCAAAUCAGGGGAAGGGGGGAGUGUAAUAAUUUGCACCAGAAAACUUCAACCUUCUUUUUCCUGAGAACCUAACAUUUAAUGUAAUGUCUCUUUGAAUACUGUAUCAAAUUGUUGAUUGCAUGUAGUUAAUGUUGCAUUAGAGCACUUUGCAAUUGCAUAAUUCAUCAAUGUUUUGUGAGCUUGCAUUUGUGAGUUCUUGAAUGACCAGACUGAACUUUAUCAAGUAGCCCAUUGAACAUCUUGCCAGAUGUCAACGACUGCCAAUUACAUAAAGCUUGUAGUGAAACUAUCUUAAAAAAAAUCUUCUCUCAUCACACUUACAUCUGUUAUCCAUUUUGUAAUUAGCUUUAAUUUAUUUCAGUUACAAGAUAGUGGAUCACUAAUGACUUCUACUUGUUUUGGAUUUAGCAUUUUUAAUGGUAUUAAGCACUUCUGUCAGUCUUAAAAUAAUAAUAAAAAGAACCUCUGUCUUGUGUUUUGAAGAUCUCUGAAGAAUUUCUCUUAUUAGAACGGGCAUGUAUUGUAAUUGUUUCUACGUCCAAUGAUCUGUGCUGUAGAAUAAUGUUGUUGAGUUUUGUUUUAAAAAAGAAAUGGAUAAGAACUUGGUCCUCAAGUGGUAAGAAUGAUCUGUCUUUAAAAUGUACUGUAUGUCUACAUUUUAUUUUAAAUUUGUCACUUUUAUGUAGAGGCUAAUAUCUUCCCACAAAAUACAGUGACAGCAGAUGUUUUCUAGAACCUUCUUAAAAGUGCCAUGUUCGGCAGUACAAAUGAGAUUGACUGUAAUAGCCCAGAGAUUUCUAUAUGGUUGAAUGUCUAAAAUGGUAAGAUUUGUCACUACAGUUAAACUGCAGUGGCUUAUGUUUUUCAUAGUAAAAUUCAAAUGAACUCCUAUUUUUGAUAGUAAAUGUCAUUUAAUAGUGUAUUUGCCAUUUGAACCUCAGUGCAGAUUUCUGCAGUGAAGACGGUUUUUAAUGUAAUCUUAAUUUUACCUCAUAUACUGUACAUUCCAAAAAAACUCUAACCUUUUUAAAACGUUAUCGAUACAGUACCAAACAUAUCACUUUAAACUUGUAUACUGUUGGACUUCAUACAGAUGAAAAAUGUUUAAUCUCAUAGAAAUAUACACAAACUAUGUAGCAAAAGUAUCUUUAAAAUGUGUGGAAAAUAAAAGUAUCAUUCUUUUUC